AUGGCUGUGUUAUGGCUGACCAAGUUUUUUGUUGUGGCUGUUCACAUCCUCUUAAGAAUCCUGUUUGUCUUGACUAAUAAUGAUUUUUGUGGAAGUGUUUUCGAGACUCAAGUUGACUAUACCUUGGUCGGUCACGUCAUGGAAACGACUCCUGUUGAAGACGAAUUUCAAUGUCAGUUGAAAUGCAUGGGAAAUGACAGUUGCAAGUCGAUUAAUCUUCAUCCUAUUGACAGAAACAAAACUCGACUUUGUGAGCUGAACAAACAAACACGGCAGAUUAAGACGAAUGAUUUGAAGCCGAUGAAAGGAUUUACAUAUUUUGGCUCUGUCCAGGUCUCUUGUGUCAAUGGUUCCCAUCAACGGAAUAGACAAAAUGAAAGUUGUCAGUGUCAUCCGGGAUACAAGGGAAAAAAGUGUCAAACACCUAUCAAAGGCUUCAGUUACAAUCAGCCUGGUCAUUCCUGCAAAGACAUCCGGGACUUAGGAGAUUCCACUGGAGAUGGCGAGUACUGGAUCGACCCUGAGAAGAACGGAAAGCCUCUAAAGGUCUUCUGUGACAUGACAACUGACGAAGGAGGUUGGCUUCUUGUUUCCAAUGUUGUGUUUGAAAACUCACCCUCACAACAGUUUUCGAUAAAGUCAUCAUACCGCGAUAUCAACAACUGCCACAGAAAGACGAUGUUUCUCAGCCUAGAAGCAACAAGGGAACUGAGAGCACACUUGUCCUUCACUCAGCUGAGAUUCCACUGCAGUAAACAAAAAGGACGUACGUUCCACGUGACCACGGCGCCUAACAGCAACGGUGAAGCUGUAAUCAACUUCUUCAGCGGUCAGACAAACUCCCGACCAAAUUCCUGUGGCUCGUUUGUGAGGAUGAAGGAUGACAACUCGAUGUUAGCACAAAAUUGCCAGCAAUGGAAAGACCAAAAGUGGGGUGAUCAUAAUCCAAGUGGGAGUUGCAGAUACAAAGUAGUUGCAUUUGUCUAUGCAGGUUUUCACUGGCUACUGCAGACACCUACAAGCUCUAGAUGGGAAUGCGACGACUACAAUACAAGUAAUGGUGGAGAAUUCUUUGGAUUAUUCCCUGGCGAUUUCUGGAAAGUCUAUGUUCGUUAA